AUGAUCGGCAAUGCUUUCGUGUGCUUCGGGGCCACAAAAGGCAUAACUAGCUAUGAGUCAGGCAUUGGCGGCACUGCGAUCCGCGAUGAUGUAGACAAGCUCCGGGACGGCCAGCACCUUGUGGUUGGCACGCCAGGCCGUGUCUACGACAUGGUGAGCAAGAACAACUUGCGGGUGGAUGACUUGAAGUGCUUCGUCCUCGACGAGGCGGACGAGCUGAUGUCGCGCGGCUUCAAGGACCAAAUCUACGACAUCUUCAAGUGCCUACCGCCCGAUGUGCAGGUCUGUCUGUUCUCCGCCACAAUGGCGCCGGAGAUCUUGGACAUGACCACGAAGUUCAUGCGCAACGCCGUUCGCAUUCUCGUCAAGAAGGACGAGUUGACCCUGGAGGGUAUUCGGCAGUUCUAUGUGGCCAUUGAGAAGGAGGAGUGGAAGGUGGACACACUCUGCGACCUCUACGAGACACUGACCAUCACUCAGGCCAUCAUCUACUGCAACACGCGCCGCAAGGUGGACUUCCUGGCAGAUCAGCUCCAGAAGCGCGAUUUCACGGUUUCCUGCAUGCAUGCGGAAUUGGACCAAAAGGAGCGCGACCUGGUCAUGCGUGAGUUCCGCUCCGGUUCGUCGCGCGUGCUGAUUUCCACGGACUUGCUGGCACGGGGGAUCGAUGUGCAGCAGGUUUCCCUUGUCAUCAACUACGACCUCCCGGCGAACAUGGAGAACUACCUCCAUCGCAUCGGUCGCAGCGGCCGAUUUGGCCGGAAGGGCGUGGCCAUCAAUUUCGUCACGAACAACGACGUGCGAACAAUGAAAGACAUCGAAAAGUUCUACCACACCCAGAUUGAGGAGAUGCCGGCGGACAUUGCUGACCUCAUCUGA